GCCCGACGACACCUUCCCCGAAAGUGAGUGCUCCCAGCCCAGAGAGCAGCGAGAAGACAACCCGACCGACGGUUACCUUUAAGGAGCCGGAGGAUGCGGCCGGAAAGGCUUCUGCGAAGUUGCCAGCCUCCGCCGUGCCUCCGCCUGGCAUCUUGAAGACCCCCGCUCAGUCUGCUUUCCUCGAGACUCAGACCUUGCAGGAUACCCAAGCUUCCGUGGACCCUUCGAGAGCGGACACACUGGAGUGGGAUGGGGCGCCGGAGCCUGUUUCGUUCGGGAAAGGGGAAAGCUCGGAGACAGUGAUCUCCGAUGCCACGACCCUACAGCUGCAUGGACGCAGCCAAAGCCUGCUGAGCUUGUCAUCCACUGGCGAUCUGGAUUCGCUGGACAAGGAUCUCAUGGUUGCUUUUGAAAAAGCUUCCAUCGACGACGACAAUGAGGAUGAAGAGCUAAAGCAGGCUUUGCUAGAGGCUGCGGCUGCUGAGCGCAAGGCUACGGAAGCAGCUGCAGCAACCAAGGCCCAUCGGGAGCGCUUGGCCCGUGCUGCUGAGGAGCGGAAAGCCCGGGAGCAGGAUGAACGUGAACGCGAGUCGAUCCAAAAGCUUAUGAAGGCUGCGGAAGAGCAGAAAGCACGCGAGACUGCAGAGAAGCAGCAACGUCGGGAGGCCGAAGCUAAGGCAGCCCGCGAGGCGGCCGAGGAGCAGAAACGUCUGGAGGCUGAAGUCCAGGCACGUCUUCAGGAGGAGAAGGCACGUCUGGCUGCAGAGGAGCAGAAACGUUUGGAGGCCGAAGCUAGGGCAGCAGAGGAGCAGAAAGCACGUCUGGCUGCAGAGGAACAGAAACGUUUGGAGGCCGAAGCUAGGGCAGCAGAGGAGCGAAGACGUUUGGUGGAGGCCGAAGUCCAGGCACGUCUUCGGGAAGAGAAGGCACGUCUGGCUGCAGAGGAGCAGAAACGCGUGGAGGCAGAAGCUAGGGCAGCAGAGGAGCAGAAAGCACGUCUGACCGCAGAGGAGCAGAAACGUUUGGAGGCCGCUAGGGCAGCAGAGGAGCAGAAAGCACGUCUGGCCGCAGAGGAGCGGAAACGUCUCGAGGCCGACAAGCUGGCACAGUUGUCUGAGGAGCAGAAAGCACUCCAGGCCGCAGAGGAGAAUCGUAAGGCGCAACGUGCACAAAAGUUGCAAGAGGCAAGAGAACGGCAGGCCAUGGCGCUGAAGUUGGCCGAAAUUCAGGAGCAAGCGAUGAAGGAUGAGCUUCGCAGAAUCAGGGAGGAGGAAGACAAAGAGGCUCAAGCAGAGAAGGACAAGGAGGCUGGCACCGAGGUCCCCCCGCCGAAGAAAGACGAGUGCGAACUCCCGCAGCUGUCUGAUGAUGAAGUCAAGAAGUACAAAACGUUUUGGAACAGGUCUACCGACAAGGACAAGGAUGCCAAGACAUCGACACCGGACGCCGACCUCGGGAAUUCCAAGCAGGUGUCGAUCCCGGGUGCAGAGGCCACGAGCGCUGCUCCCCCACCUCAGAGCACGUUGGCUGCAGAGCAGGUCACCCCUGAAAUCGCGGCUCUUAUCGAAAGGGUGGCCUUGCAAAUGGUGCAAGCCAUCACUCCACAGCCUAGCCCACCACCGCCCAAGGAAUCCCCGAAUGCCAACACAACGCCAGCAACGGCAGUGGUUCCUGCUGCUAGUGCUCCGGCCCCGCCAAGCACUCCUGCUACUCCUGCGGCACUGGAUACUCCUUCUGCCAAAGCUGUGAGCCCGACACCCCCGAACCCGAAUCGCAUCAACUCAUCCACGCACCCCGCUGAGUACAAAGAGUUUGGCCGUUUCUGCGAGUCCAACCCCGCUGCAAACGAGCUCAAAGCCGCUUACGCGAAAGGCGGCGCAUUCAAGAUGCAAGCUUUCGCGAAGUUUGUCCGUGCAGGGUGCAAUGGACUUGCUUUGGAGGCUGUCCUACGGUUCUCGAAGCAACAGGAGGAUCUCCAGCAGGACGAAGGCAAGGACGAGAUUUCAGUGUCCCUGGGUGCCGAUCCAAAGUUCGCCCUGGAGCUCAUGGAGAAUUUCAACGCUGCGAGUGACCCGAAUAAGAGUGGCCACGCCCCUCCCAGCAGAUCCAACUCCGGUCAGGGAUUCGGCGCUGAAUCGCUGCCCCCCCCCAAAAUCGAAACCGAAGUCCCCAAGAAGAAGGCCCGACCAGCCAAGAAAGAGGGCUCCGAGCUGGAGGUCCAGCUGCUUCCGGAUACAGAUCUCAAAGGUUUCAUUGCUGCCUGGGUGACAGCAUGCACGAGUGCCGAGGGAAAGGCCACCACCACGCUCGAAGCGCUCGAAAGCCAAGAGAAGCUGAUCGGUUUGAUCCGCGAUGCCUCGAAUGGCUUGGCUGAGAAGCGAAAAGCUUUACGGUCUUUGGGAGACAAACCGGAUACGUUUGCCGUCCAGACAAUCCUGACCCAGGCUGAGCCGUAUGUCAUCGCUUUCAAGAAGCACACGAAGGCCGCUUUGAAGGUUUCCCUGACGAAUGUUUCCGUGCUCCUCAAGGAUGUGAAGAUGGAUCUGCAACGUCUGAAACUGAAGAUUGCUGCCCCAAAAAAGAAAAGCAAGCUCGCUGCACCCCGGGCAAGUCGGUUCCAGAUGUGGCCUACCCUUAUGCCCUUUGAUGUUUGCAAAGCCAUAAAGGCUGCAGGCUCAGUGGACCCGUCGAUUGGCUGGCAUUUUGGAAGCAAGCUGCUUCCGAGGUCCCACCCUGUUCAGCAAUGGGAUGAUGCUAGCAAAUCCAAAGCGUUUGCCAUAACGGUACACGGCGACGAGGGGCAAACAAAGCGGACACGCAACGCCCUCGUGAUCAACUGGUCACCGCUAGGAAACUCUGGAAUACCCUUUGUCACAAAGUUUCCCUACGUCGUCAUGAAGAGCGAUGCGAUGCACUUCGAUGCAAAUGGAGACAAUGUUUCUCUGGACCAUUUGCAAGCAAGCUUGGUGGAUUCGUUAAACUUGUGUGCCUCCAAGGAUAACGGCCUCGGCUUUACUCUCCAUAUCGUUUCGGGGAAAGGCGACUGGAAGUACAGAAAGGAGUGGUUGAAGCAAACCAGAUUUUAUGGUAAUGCUGCUGGUCCCCAAGGCCUCUGCCCCAGGUGCCUGGCUUCGAAAAGUACAUGGUUGGACCCUGUGUAUGAACAGUUCAACAACAAGGAUGAUGUAGAAGCCGCGCUUGCCACUGCUGUAGGCGACAUCCACUUGAAAAACCUUUCUGGAUGGCGACCUGAAAUGGAGGUUCCUGACCUCCUGCACUGCUGCUGGUUGGGGUCAGCCCGCGAUCUCAACGGAAGUUUGUGCAUGCUGCUGGCCUCGAAGUUUUAUAAGGGUUCCACGUGGGACGAGCGUUUCGCAGAACUUCGACAGGACAUGCAGCUGUGGUGCCAAAACAACGGAAUCAGGGCUUCGACAAUCGAUGAAAUCAGAGCCUGUCCUCGAAAUUGA